GUCCGUCCGUCCGGCCAUGACGGCGAUCCUGCUGGCGGCCGCCCUGGGGCUGGGCCUGGCGCUCGGGGCCUCGCGCCCGGACCCGCACCUCGACCCGCACUGGACCCUCUGGAAAUCCAGGCACGGCAAGGCCUACGACCAGAGGGAGGAGGGCCGGCGCCGGGCCGUGUGGGAGGACAACCUGCGCAGGAUCGAGGCGCACAACCUGGAGCACGGCCUGGGCAGGACCACCUUCCGCCUCGCCAUCAACCGGUUCGGGGACCUGACCACGGAGGAGUUCGCCGCCGCCAUGAACGGCUACAAGGCCGCACGCGGGGUCGAGGCCUCGGCCUCGGCCUCGGCCUCGGCCUUCCUCGGGCCCAACGGGACGGAGCCGCCCGAGGCCCUCGACUGGCGCGACCACGGAUACGUCACCCCCGUCAAGGACCAGGGUCGCUGCGGGUCGUGCUGGGCGUUCGGGUCGACGGGGGUCCUGGAGGGUCAGCUCUUCCGCCGGACGGGGCGGCUGGCGGCCGUCAGCGAGCAGAACCUCAUGGACUGCAGCCGGAAGCAGGGAAACCGAGGCUGCGACGGCGGGCUGAUGCAGCAGAGCUUCCUCUACGUGCGGGACAACGGGGGCGUCGACUCCGAGGAGGCCUACCCCUACGACGCCAAGGACGGACCCUGCCGCUACAAGCCGGAGUUCUCGGUGGGCAACGCCACGGGCUACGUGGAGGUGGCCCCCUCGGAGGAGGCCCUCCUGCGGGCCGUGGCCGCCGUGGGACCCGUCUCCGUGGUCAUCGACGCCUCGGCCCACUCCUUCCAGUUCUACGAGUCCGGAGUCUACUACGAGCCGCGGUGCCGCCGCAACCUGCGCGAGCUGGACCACGCGGUGCUGGUGGUGGGCUACGGACCCCGGCCGGGCGACCCGGGCCGGCGCCCCCCGUACUGGAUCGUCAAAAACAGCUGGGGCAAACGGUGGGGCGACCACGGCUACAUCCUCAUGGCCAGGGACCGCGAGAAUAACUGCGGCAUCGCGUCCGGCCCCAUCUACCCGCUGGUGUGAGCCCGAGCCGUCCGCCGCCCCCCGGACGCGGGACGGGGA